CAGCACCAGCGAAAGAGCUGAACUGUUACUGUUGACGAGAGAGAGAGAGAGAGGAAAAAAGAAGGAAGUGGUCGUCAUGUUGCUGCCCGAAGGUUUCCAGCACGUCGGCAACGGCUGGCUCAGUGUGGACGCAAAUACAGUUCAACAGUUGCGGGUUCAGCAGGACCUGGCCGAGAUCUACGACAUCGAAGAGAGCUGGUUUGCAAAAGGAAAGUACGGCACGGUGCGGCGAGCGGUCGACAAGAAGACCGGCGUCCACUAUGCGGCCAAGUUCCUGCGGCGGCGCCGCCGCGGCCAGUGCUGCGCCAAGGAGAUCAACCACGAGAUCGCCGUGCUGAUGCUGUGCGCUAGCUCGCAGCACAUUGUCCGGCUGCAUGCGGUCCACGAGACGCGCUCCGAGACGGCACUGAUCCUGGAACUCGCAACCGGUGGCGAACUGCAGACAAUCAUCGACAACAAAGGGCAACUGUCGGAGGAAAAGGCUCGAACGUGUAUGCGCGAAGUUCUGCGUGCCCUCAACCAUCUGCACAAACAGUCCAUCAUCCAUUUGGACCUGAAGCCACAGAACAUUCUGCUUAUUGGAAACGACGUUGAAGACGGUUUGAAGCUAUGCGACUUCGGUAUCGCGCGUAUCAUCGGUGAUACGGGCAAGAUAAUGGAAAUCCUGGGCACCCCGGACUACGUCGCGCCGGAGGUGCUCCAGUACGAGCCCUCGCUGCGGACCGACAUCUGGUCGAUCGGCGUGCUGACGUACGUGCUAUUGACGGGCUACUCGCCCUUUGGCGGCGACAACAAACAGGAGACGUCCCUCAACAUUACCAAGUGCCUGCUCGACUUCCCGGAGUAUCUGUUCGAGAACGUGUCGGAGGAUGCGAUCGACUUUAUCAAGUGUGCGCUUCGAAUCAAGCCAAAGGGGCGCCUGACCGUCGAAGAAUGCCUCGAACACCGAUGGCUCAAGGAGAAGACCGAAAAUACACAAAAAGUACCAAAAGACCCGCUAACGGCGACGGCUAAUACCACCAUCACCGUAGUGGCGAAGCAGCUUCCCCAAGAAGAGGACGAACCUUCCUGCCCACUCAUCAUUGAAAAUGUACCCCUUCUGCGCCCCUCCAACGGUCACCACAAUGGCCACGGCAACAACGGUGUCUCCGCCGAACUGCCGGAGGAAGCCAAGUCCAAGCCGUCAUCGCCCGAAGAGGACGACGAAUCCGAAACAAACAAGGAGAACCUCCUGCAAGUACAAAACGCAAGCACUCCGGCGCCACCGGUCAGCGUGGUGGAAAUCGUUACCGUGUCGCUGUUUCCGGACGCACCGACGACGCCCAAGGUCAGCCGGAAGGCGCCACCCUCCGAGCAGCAACAGAACGGCCAACUCAAUCAUGGAAGUCACAACCACCAUCACCACCACCACCAUCAUCAUCUGAGUCAUCAUCAUCACAGCAGCAGCGCCACCAGCAGGUACCACCACACAACCAACAACAACAACACUACCACCACCACCACCAUCGUGAGUAGCAGGCAGUCCUCGACGUGCAGUUCCACCCCGAGUCCGCACUCCGUGAAGGCCUACGUUCAAAAGUUCCAACAGCAGCAGGAAUCCACAACCGCUACCGCAGCCGCCGUUAUGCUCCCGAUGGAGAAUGGAUUCUGCGCCGCGGCCGCCGCUACCCUGUGCUGCCUCAAGUGCUCGGAGGAAACCAUGGGCGGGGGUCCGGCGUCGGCUGCGGGCUUAGCCGUGGCCGUCGCGACCGUUGCCAGCCGAAAAACGCUCCAGUGUGGCGACAAGGGGAUCAUCUGCUGAGAGCCGGUUCCCGGCGGAAGACCGCUGAGCUAGUGUUUUGUUUAGGGCGUCAGUGAACCCCCUUCCCCACCUAACCCCUCCCUUACGCGCGCUGGUGUGUGGACUUCGUUCGGAAAACGCUUGAUGCGUUACUCGAUUCAGGGACGACGGGAAUGGUCACACGCGCGGCCGGGGCACGGGGUUAUUUUGGGAGAAAAUACUUAUGUGAGCGAAAAUUGUUCGGGAAUCGAACCUACAAAUCGGUUGAAUAUUUUUCGAUCCCAUUUAGGUUAAGCAGCAGGCGCGUCUUGUAAGUAUAGUUCAUUAGAGAGAAGCGUUUUGAUCAUAUUUUAGAUCGUAAGUAUGUAAGUUUAUAUUUUGCUAUUUAUGUAAUUUUUCCCCUUCGCAAAACAUACAAAAGGUGGAAACAACGAGAGAACUGGAUGUUCUGUUCUGAAAUCAAAAUCCAAUCUUUUGAAUUGUCCCAACGCGAAGCCAUUCGCUGUUGAUCCAUUUUAAUAUGCUUUUCGUACGUUUUGUGUUGGAGCCAAAAAUAAAACAAACUUUAUUAAAUUUGCGGCAUUUAAGAAGCGUUCGAAAACGCAUUUUUAGUUGGUGAACAAUUGAUUCGCGUCCCUUUUCCCUUGUUACUAACCCCAUGUACAUAGUAGAUUAUUCUCUAGAUAAACGAAUAAACGGAAACGAAGUUGAUUAGCAUCAAGCAGGUCGAGUGACCCUUUGUUAUAUAGGAAGAAUUAGCCAAGAGUUUGUACCCCGUAAAUCGUUUCGCCAAACCGCUAAAUAAAAAAAAAACAGCCUUAGCUUAAAACCGUUGAUUGACAAAGUUUAAAUGGGCGUGUUAUCGAGAGCAAAUGGGACUACCUAUUACAAAACAGUUUACACGGAAGUGGCCAUUUGUUCGAGUUGUGUAUGUGAGCGUGCGUGAAAAAUGAUCUGAAGCUACAAUGCUGUGAAUGUGUAAAUAUUGUCGCACGAAGGAAUUGUGUGCGAACAACAACAACACUUACAACGCUUUUUAACUUAUUUCACGCAAAUUUGGGCACAGUAAAGCGUUUCUACACGAUGCCACUGCUGCUGCAGUGAUACCAAAACAAAAUCCUUCUACUUAUCGUUAGUUUAACUCCCCCAACCAAUCAACAAAACCAAUUGGCAGGCAAGACAUUAAGUUCAAAGUUUUACACCCCCCAUUUCCGUUAACUUGUCUUGCAGAAUGAGAAUGAAUGAAAUACUUUAUAUCUGUAGUAACCUCCAGUCGUUAGAUUUUUAGUACAUGCUGUUCUUUUUUAUACGUGAAUUUUAACAACUUUAUUUUGUAAGAACGAUACAAAAAACACUCAAUCGCGGCUUGGUUCGAGAAAAGAGGUACAAUGCUGCUAUAGGUUCUAGUGCUUGCUGAUGUUUAACUGAACAGUGCAGAUUGGGUGACAAAUAGAUUGUUCGGAAAUAUGAAAA